CCCAUUGCUUCUUGCCCUGCCCUCGGGUGCCCUGGAGGCCAGCUGGACUCCCUCUUCUUUGGGGCAGCCCCAGAGAGAUUGGGAUGUUGCUGGAAGCUUUAAAGAAAAGACGUUUAUGUCAAAUGGUAGAGGGUAAGGGGGGAGGUGGACUAGAAGACCUCCACGGUCCCUUCCAAUUCUGCCAUUCUCUGUUCUGGAAGUGAUCUCAGAGGUCAUCUAGUCUGGCCCCUGCCAGUACAGGCUUUCCUCCAGGGUUUCCUACCCGUGAUGCUGUCCCAUUUCAUGAAGCAGCCAAUUCUGUGGGCUGACAGCCAGGAGUUCCCUCCUCAUUCCUAACUCUGGGAAUCUCUUCCUCCCGGAAGUUCAACCGGCCACUUCGAGGGCUGAAGACUCGGGGAUCGACCCUUCGGCAGGCUCUCUGGCACCCCCCGAAAGAGCAACUGCCCCCCACUGCUGCCCCCCAUGCUGCCCCGUGGCCAACCAGGGCCUGCGGUUGUUGACUGGGGGAUUCUGGGAUUGGCAGUCCCCACAUCCUUAAGUUGCCAGAAACUCCCAUCUGAAAAUCCAGCACCCCCAAUUUCUCCUGCAAAUGUCAAGCGCUUCCCCUCCUUUCUCCGGUGGAGGAAGAGGAAGGGGGCCGAGGGCAGAGCCCGGAGCCGGCCGGGGGGGGCUCAGCCCUCCAAGGAAGAGCAUCAAAGAACCCCCUUCCUCUCUGACCUUUGACAGCAGGGCGACAAAGAGGUUGCAGGGAAGAGUUGCGAUCAGGCGGAGUUUAUAAAAACUGGGCAAGCAGCCAUCAGCAGCCGGUUCCUUGGGGAUCGAAGAGGCUCCGAUAAAGCGUCAGCCAGGCGUAGCCAAAGAGCCUCUCUGGGAAUCUUGACGGGGCUCCGUUGCCCCCCCUCCCCCACCGGGGCUUCCCUGCUGGACCUGCCCUGAUCCUGUGCCCAGGAUGUUCAGUCCGAAGAGGUCCUUCGACGGCCCCCCUGCCGGCUACGGCCCCCCUGGGGAGGACUACGGGUACCCCAUCAAGUCGCCCCCCCCGGGCUCCUACUACAUGGAGGACGAGCCCCAGCAUUUCUACAAGUGGAGCUCCCCGCCCAGCGUGAUGCGGAUCCUGGAGGGCCUGGGAAUCCUGCUCUGCGUGGCCAUCUUCGCCUGCGUGGCCUCCACCCUGGUCUGGGACUACAGCUACGGCGGCCUCUACGGCGGCUUAGGGGGCGGCUACUACGGCGGGGGCUACGGCGGCGGCCUGGGCGGCUACGGCGGCGGCCUGGGCGGCUACGGCGGAGGCUAUGGUGGCUACGGCGGCUACGGCCUGGGGGGCUACUAUGGGGGCGUGACCAACCCCCGGGCGGCCAACGGCUUCAUGAUCGCCAUGUCGGUGCUGUGCUUCAUCGCCCUGCUGGCCCUGGCCAUCACCAGCCUCACCAAAUCGGGCGCGUCCCGGUCCAGGAAGUUCUACCUGGCGGCCCUGGUGGUCUGCGCCCUGAUGGCCUUCGUCAUGCUGAUCGCCUCCAUCGUCUACAUCAUGGGCGUCAACCCCCAGGCCCAGAUGGGGGGCAGCUACUACUCCGCCAACCCCAUCCUGGCCCUGUGCAAUCAGGUCUACGCCGGGGGAGGCCUCUACAACCAGUACCUCUACCACUACUGCAUGGUGGACCCCCAGGAGGCCGUGGCCAUCGUCUGCGGCUUCCUCCUGGUGAUCCUGCUCUGCCUCAUCUGCUUCUUCGCCCACAAGACCCGGCAGAAGAUCUGGAGGUUUGGGAAGCAGAACAUUUUCUGGGAGCGUCCGCCGGUGCUGGAGGAGGGUCCCAACGUGGAGGAGUGGGUGAAGAAUGUGGAUGGCCGAGGCAGCCCCACCGACACGGCCACCCUGGUCUACUCGGAGAAGCCCACCGGCCCCCUCCACGCUCCCGCCAGCCCCCCCGGGUACACCGAGACCGACUACUCCGUCAACGUCCGGAGCAGCUCUCCCUUCCAGCCCCCCCUGGACAAACGUGCCCGGACGCUGAGCUCCAGCACCUGGGAAGAGACCCCCCGGAAGCCCCCCGCCCAGAGGGGCCGGAGGGCUCGCCAGAGGAGCCCCGCCCCGGAGGAGCCCCAGUACGAGACGGACUACACCACGGCCGUGGACUCCAGCGAUGAGCAGGAGCCGGAGGAGUGGGGGAGCCUUUACCCGCCGAUCCCUUCCGACGAUGCCCGCCAGAGGUACAAGCAGGACUUUGACAGCGACCUCAAGCGCUACAAGCAGCUGUGUGGCGAGAUGGAUGGCAUCAACGACCAGAUCAACCAGCUCAGCCGGCAGCUGGACCAGCUCCCGGAGGACUCGCUCCAGUACCAGGGCGUGGCAGAGGAGUAUAACCGGCUGAAGGAGCUGAAGCGGACACCGGACUACCAGCAGAAGAAACUGGAGACCAAAUCUCUGAGGAAGAAGCUCUUCCACAUCAAGAAGAUGGUGAGCGAAUACGACAAGCACCGCGGAUGAGCCUGGGGAGCCCCCCCCUCCCUCCCGUGAGAGGGGCCCGGGGCCCGGCUUCCUCCCGGGGCCCAGAAGGACGGACUCUGAUGUGCCACGCGGCUCCCCCUCCUUUGCUUUGUGCCUGGGGCCUUUGGUGAAGCCCCCCAAGACUCUGGGGUGCCCGUGCGCUGGUGCCCCCCCUCCAAGAGACGAGGAUGCCCGUCCAGCGUGUGUGAUUUUUGUAGGUUUCCUUGUUUUUACGCUGACACAUUUUUUUCUCCCCUUUCGUGCCAAAAUGCUGGUGUCCAGUUCUUGGGCAAGCAGGGAGGACGGUGGGCAUUGGCCCAAAGCUCUUUCUUUGGGGUCUCCCGGGCAUCUGAAAAGGAAGGAAGCAGGAGUUUGCCCAGGGGCAGAGAUACCCGCUUGGCACUCACCUGUCCUCCCUUUCCUUCUGCGCCUCCUGUUCCCCCCCUCCCUUGUGCCAACCUGGGUCUCUUUGGCAAACGCUGCUGCUCCAAAGAGCUCAGGUUGCGGUUGGGAACUUGGUAGAGCUUGGCAAUGCCACCCUAGAAGGCAUUUCUGCCUCCUGUUGCUGCCAAAAGCCAGCCCGGGGCCCAGGUGCUCUCCUGAGACAGCUGGCUCUUGAGACCCCCCCCCAAAAAAGCCCAGCAGAAUCUCUGUCCAUUGGGGGAGGGGAUGUAUAUAUUGUGAAAAUGGGGAGGGGGGGCAGAUCUUUUUUGUAAAAAAAAAUCAUAGUGAAGCUAUUCCUUUAAUAAACGUGGGAAAAUUUC